GUCCAAAAACAUCAUGCCAGAGUCGCAGUUGCACUCCAACAUUCCUGACUGGGAGAUGGCGAUGGCGAUGGCGAUGGCCUUUGCGUGUGAGAGAGCAAGAGGGACCGAAAUCUAGACAAAUGGUUUUGUAGACAACCACGUUGUUGCAGUCAGUAGCAUCACAUCACAGCCAUGGCUACAACUUCUGUUUCUUCUUCUUUUGUGCCGCUCGCUGCGUCUGCUUGCGUUGCCGUCUCCCCUUCGCUGCUGCACCAUCGCUUGCGUUGUUCUGGGCAACUGGAUACCGGUUUUGUUUUUCGGAACAAGGGGAUACGGGGAGUGAAUUGGAGCAGACGGAGUGUGGUGGUGGUGAGAGGUAGUGUGGGUGCAGAAGAAGAAGAAGUAGCUAUGGGACACAAGGAGGCUAACUGGGUUGAGUUUCCGAAAUUGAGUCCUGCUGGGAAGCAUUUGAUGGAGACUGUCGCGGGUAUGAUGGACAAGGAUCUCGCGGAUUUGAUCAACCCUUCGGAGACUGAUCCUGAUGUGAGAUCGUUUAAGGGUGGCAAUGGAGAGGGGUCGGUGACUCUGCGAGCUGGCCGGGCUGGGUCUAAAAUCGAUUUUGUGUUGGGGUCGUGGCUGAAUUGCACGCUGGCCUUCGGGACCUUGAACAUUGCGACUUUGAUAGCCAUGCUGGGUCCGGAGGCGGACUCCCCACACCUUCUCUUUGAGUUUAUCCAAAGUGGUCCAGACAAUCUUGUUCUCGUAUUGGAUUUGCUUCCGAGAAAGGAUCUUGUUCUGAAUCCCGAGUAUUUAGCUCGUUAUUACGAGCAAUCGGGUCUCGAAGCUCUCCGUCAAACGUUUGAGCAGCACCCCCAGACGCAACCAUUUCUUACAUCUGCACUUUACGUGAGAAGCGUUGUCUCUCCGACGGCCCUUCUUUACAAGGUUAGUGGCGAGGGCGUCGAAGGGGGUAUUGAUUCAGUCAUCGCCGAUCUGGUUGAGCCCACCGCCGUGAAGGUGUUCCAAACUUGGGUGGACAGUUACAAAAAUUUAGGGCAAGCCAUGGACAGCGAUGCCGUGGCAUACAUGAAGAAUCGGGACGACCUGAUCAAGACCAAAGGAGUGGAAGUCGAUCUGAGCUCCAAUAUGCCCCGCUUAUUUGGCCAAGAGAUCGCCGACCGAGUGGUUGCAGCAUUUCGGAAGGGGGUUUGAAUCAAUUCAUGUACAUCCACUCCUCAUACUCUUCAAAUUCGACAAACUUUAUCAGUUUGUGUACAUGUCCAUGUCCAUAAUAGAUAGACCAAGCUGUCUCGACAACCCAUAGCCACCAAGUGCUCUUGUUUUGACGCACUGCAAACUGCGAACUGUAAACUAAAGUGUCAAAAUAGACCGAGCUUCUCUUUUCAAAGCUCCUAAAUAUCAAUUCUUCGAAAUUCUGACCUCAAUCCGCA